UAAUAAAAGGGCCAUGGCAUUGCCUCUUGAAGCACUGCUGCGGGGGACAUGUAUGAAAUCACAAAGGAUCUGCUGGAGAUCAGUUAUUUUUGAAGUUGAAGAUGACAUCACCUCUACCCAUAGCAACUCACGUCUUCAUGCUAACUUGGUGGCUUACACAGCAGGUAACUGGCCUGACACAGAGCAAACUGGACAUGGCUUACAAUGCGUUUGAUGAUCAGUAUGAGGGCUGUAUCCAAGAAAUGGAGAAAAAAGCUCCCCAGCUCUUAAACGAGGAGCUGAAGAUAAAUGAGCAAUUGAAGUCUGAGUGGGCAGAAGCAAAGGAACAUUGGGAGCAAAUAAAGUACAAAAUAAAGCGUCCAAAAAAUUUCAACGAUUUCCAUGGAAUAGCUCUAGUGGCCUACACCGGGAGUAUUUCAAAAGAUUUUAACACAGCUGUGAGAGAAUUCCGUCAAAAUUCCAAUAACUUUAAGUACAAGGCCUUCCAUUAUUACUUGACAAGAGCUCUUCAGCUUCUCAAGGAACAGAAUUGUCACUUGUAUCACGUUUAUAGAGGCACUCAUACCAAAUUUUAUUAUAGUGGGGAGCAUAGUGUACGGUUCGGGCAAUUUACAUCAUCAUCUUGGGAGUUAACAGAAGCUCUGCAAUUUUAUAGCGAAGGUGGAACACUGUUUAAAAUCAAUACCUGUUUGGGUGUUUAUAUCAAAGCGUUCUCUCUGUAUCCAGAUGAAGAGGAAGUGUUAAUUCCAGGAUACGAGGUGUAUAAAAAGGUUGCCAUAAAACAAACUGAUAAAUACACUGAAAUUACUCUUAAAGACCCCCAAAGACAAAGGAGUAACUAUAAUUGCUUCUAUGUUUCUAAAAACCCCAGCAAUUUCAACAGCUCAGGAAUGAUAAAAGGCGCUGAAUUCCUGGUGCUGCUGCUGCCUAACCUUCUCAUCCUGCUACUUCUGUAUGCUGAGCUGUAGCCCUGCCCUGCCUGGAGUUUGUCCUUCAGGGUGGGGAGAGAGGCCAAAGAACAGGGACCCGACUUGUUCUCCAAUGUCAGCAGUGUUGGGAAGAGUGGGAUCUACUUGGCACUCGGGUACACUGAUGUAUGAAAGAUUACUGGGCCUGAGUGUGAAAGUGGGCAGCCCGUCUUAAAAUUCACUGCCUGAGAUAAAUUCCUGGUCUCUUGACACUUUGCUAUGAUUAAAAUGCAAUAUGUAUAUUUUUUUAUUUUGCAGAACUAAGGAAAAAGCAAUAUUUUAAUGCACUGUCAGUAGUAACAGUCUUAAAAAUGCAAUUUAUGAUGAAUGUUGUAAUCUGGAGAAAUAAACCAUUCACA